CCGAGUUUCGCCGUAAUCAAACCAAAAACCAGCUCAACACAGGAGGGGAAGCAAGCAACGGACUAGCUGCAGCUUUUUAGCGCCCGGUCAUUUGAAAGCUUCUCAUCUCUCAGACUCUAGGAAGAUCAAAUUCAGAAUUUGGCGCCACAAUAUUGCGAGCGGGGGCGGGCACUACAGUCGAUUGCCAACCCAUUUGCAAGCCUUUUGUCAAAGAGAGAGAGAGAGAACAAUUGGUUCGCUGCUGGAAUGGAGGGUUUGAGAAUGGCGUUGCGAUCUCGAGGCUUAGUUAUUUCUAAUCUGCCAGACAAAGGUCGAUGCCUUUUGGCCGACAAAGAUUUCUAUCCAGGGGAAGUUAUAAUAAGUCAGAAUCCGUACGUGUGUGUUCCAAACAACAGUUCGGGUGAAUCGCGGUGCGAUGGAUGUUUCACGACGAGUAACCUCAAGAAGUGCUCCGGUUGUCAAGUUGUGUGGUAUUGUGGGACCACUUGCCAGAAAUCACAAUGGCAACUGCAUCGUCUAGAGUGCAAUAUGCUCUCUAAGCUGGAAAAGGGCAGGCGGAAGUCUGUUACUCCUACCAUCCGUUUGAUGUUGAAGCUUUAUCUUAGAAGGAAACUGGAAAGCGAGAAGGUCAUCUCAACACCCCCCACAGAGAACUAUAAUCUGGUGGAUGCAUUGGUGGCUCACAUGGAAGACAUUGAUGAGAAACAACUCCUGCUGUAUGCUCAGAUGGCCAACCUUGUCUACCUGAUGCUUCAAUGGCCUGACUCUGAGAUCAACGUCAAAGAAAUUGCCCAAAAUUUUUCGAGGCUAGCUUGCAAUGCUCAUACCCUCUCUGACAGUGAACUGAGGCCCCUUGGGACAGGCCUCUAUCCAGUUAUAUCCAUCAUCAAUCAUAGCUGCUUGCCAAAUGCUGUACUGGUAUUUGAAGGAAGUUUAGCGGUGGUAAGAGCCGUGGAACAUAUACCAAAAGGUGGUGAGGUAAGUAAUUCUUUGGUGCUCCAGGGAAACUAUGUUCAUGUACUCAUAUCUUACAUUGAGACUGCUGGAAGUACUGCGACUCGGCAAAAGGCUCUGAAAGAACAAUACUUUUUCACGUGUGCUUGCCUCCGUUGCAUCAAAGUGGGUCAGCCAGAUGAUGUUCAGGAAAGUGCCAUUUUGGAAGGUUACCGAUGCACGAACGAAAAAUGCAAUGGCUUCUUACUCCGUGAUUCUGACAACAAAAAGUUUGUAUGCCAAUCCUGCAGAAACCUGAGAAGCAAGGAAGAAUUACAAAAAUUGGCUGCAGAAAUAAAUGGGUUGUCUGAAGAAGCUCAGAAGUCUAUGUCCAAUAACAAUGCCAAGGAAUCAAUCUGCGUUCUUAAACAUGUUGAGACGAUGCAAAGGAAACUUUUCCACCCCUAUACAGUUAUUUUGUUGCAAACUCGUGAAAAGCUUCUCAAGAUGUUGAUGGAUCAAGAAGACUGGCAAGGAGCUCUGGAAUAUUGCAAAUUGACCAUUCCUGUUUAUCAAAAAGUUUAUCCAGAAUUCCAUCCAUUACUCGGAUUGCAGUAUUACACAUGUGGGAAGCUUGAGUGGUUGCUUGGAGAUACGGAGAAUGCUAUCAGUUCUCUGACGAAUGCAGCAAGAGUACUUGGAGUUACUCACGGAACGAAUACACCCUUUGUGAAGGAGCUCCUGAUGAAGUUGGAAGAAGCACGUGCUGAAGCUUCAUACAAACUUCAGUCUUGUGACGAGUAGCAACUAGCAACUGCAACUCCUAAUGUGCACCCUUCAGCGUACAAACUCCAAGUUCCCAAUUGUCUGAUUGGUCACUAUGCAAAGAAUGGCUGCAGCAAAGUGAAAGCACGGAGGCGAAGGGAGAAUCAUUGAGAGAAGUUGGUUCCAGAUACACAAGCAUCAAUUCUGUUCUGAUGCUGCUCAAUCUCAAUUGCACCAUGGAUUUCUGGAGCUGAUUUCAAUGCUAAGAUAUUGUGGAGAGCCUCCCAGACUGAUGAGCUGACUAGGAAUUGUGUAAGAGAGUAAUAUAGGGCCCAUUCUCUAAAACAUUGAUUUAUGGGAAUGAAUCAGUUUACUCGAUCAGUCCAUUCCUGGUAUAAUCACUAGCUAGAUGAUCACCAAAACUCCCAUUCGACAUGUAAUCGUAAACCAGAAA